CGGCAGCGCCCCCCUCCCUCCCGCCACCCCCCCUCCCGCGCGUGACGUCGGCGCGUCCCGCGGCGGCGGCAGGUGGCGGAGCGGUGCGCGCAGGGCCCGGCCCGACCCUGCGGUGUGCAGAGAAGCUGAAACGCUGCAGUGUACCGUUGGGCAGGACAGACAAGGAAUGAGCCAGCCUUGGGAAAGAGGACCUGCCAUCCUAGCUGGAGACAUCUGAAGAGAGGACAUCUUAGUCUCGUGGCAUGCGUCAGUAGAAAUUACUCAGAGAAAGAUGGCUGGCUGUGGUGAAAUAGAUCAUUCGAUCAACAUGCUUCCCACAAAUAGGAAGACAAAUGAGUCAUGUGCUAAUGCAGCACCUUCCCUGACAGUCCCUGAAUGUGCUAUCUGUCUGCAAACGUGUGUCCAUCCAGAGAUUCCAGAGGAUUUUCUCGACAAGCCAACCUUAUUGUCACCAGAAGAACUCAAAGCAGCAAGCAGAGGCAACGGAGAAUAUGCUUGGUACUACGAAGGUAGAAAUGGUUGGUGGCAGUAUGAUGAACGUACCAGCAGAGAGCUGGAAGAUGCCUUUUCCAAAGGUAAAAAGAGCACUGAAAUGCUGAUUGCUGGGUUUUUAUACGUAGCAGAUCUUGAAAAUAUGGUUCAGUAUAGGAGAAACGAGCAUGGACGCCGCAGGAAAAUAAAACGGGACAUUAUAGAUAUUCCAAAGAAGGGAGUGGCUGGGCUUAGGUUGGACUGUGACGCUAACACUGUCAACCUGGCGAGAGAGAGCUCCGCUGACGGUGCAGACAGCACAGCGACCCCGGGGGCUGCAGCUGUACAGCCCCUGGUGCCCGUUUCUGCUAGGCCCCUGCCGUCACUCGAUGGUCAGCUGAUGAGUCCUUCAACGCCAUCGCCUGAUGCAAGCGCUUCUCUAGAAAACUCUUUUGCCCAGUUGCAAAUAAAUGGAGACAGUAUGGCCGAAAGGAGCCACAGGGGAGAGGGAGAGGAAGACCACGAAUCGUCAUCGUCCGGUAGGGUGCCGGCCCCUGACGCCUCUGUGGAGGAGACCGAAUCGGAUGCUAGCAGCGAUAGCGAGGAUGUGUCUGCCCACCUCCAGCAACAUCCAUCCUCUGCCCAGCAGAGACACUUGAAUGCAAACGCAAACCAGUCAGGAGUGGAUAGACCAGUGGCAGGGGGAGGGGUGGUAAACGCAAGCGUAAGGUCUAGAAGGCCAGAUGGACAGUGCACAGUCACUGAAGUUUAAAUCUGGAGCCAUGCGAUUGAAAAACUCAGUCCCGUAUCUGUAAAUUUUCUGUCCACAUUGGCAUUGCACUCAAACCUAGCAGUGUGUUUGGUGGGAGGGUGGGGUGAAGGGGAGAACCAGAUUUGGCCUAACUUAAGUCUCUUAACAUGUCUCAGCUGGAAGACUAACUGUAAGAAACUGGGUCGUCCUGUUAAUGGUUUGAAAGCUGCUUAGCAAUACCCAGUUUUCUUAAAAAUGUCUUGUGUUUAUUUUGUAGCAUCCUCCCCUUGGAGAUACUCGGUCCCUUUUUGGCCAAUGUAUAUCUACUGUACAACUUGAAUUGUUUUCAUUAUCUGACUGUUGCAUUAAGUGUCUUACUACUUUCUGCAUGGAUUGAUGUAUGAAAAGAACACUAAAGCAAUGCGGGAGCAGGCAAGAUGUUGGGUGUGAGCAGGAUGCUUAAUUUAAUGUGAGAAAAUAGAUGUGAGUUUGGAGUUAAAAUGUGUUUUUACUAGAAAAAGAGCAAUCAUUUACCUUCAAUGGAAAUGUAAAAAUGCUGUUAACUUUUGUUGCAAAUUCUUACCUAUACACUUCAUGGCAUUUUCACUGGCUUUGCCAUCUAGUCCUUGUAGUUCUGUUUUUGAGGUCUUUCUUGAUCUGUCUCGUUUUUGUUACGGAAUUUAUAAUUUAAUAAAAUUGCAUUUUACCAGUAACAAUCUUA